UUCCCGGGAUGCACCGACCCGCGCUGCCCCCGAGCAGCUUCCGCACGGAGCGCCCCCAAGAGCACAACAAUCAUUCAGAAUCCAAAGUGGAGGAAUCUAGCAUACUGCCAGCUGCUGAAUCAUCUGAGGACCAGACACCUAUAAUUGAAUCCCCACCACCAUUGCAUGCCUUUCCUGGGGUUAAAACACCAGCCAUCUGUAGUGGAAUUCCUAGUGCCUGCAAACAAGCUGGUUAUUGAGAAACUACCAGAUUCUGAGGACCAGUUACCGCUCAUUGAAUAGUCCACAUCCAGGGAAAGCUCACCUGAGAUCAGAUCAUCUGUGGGUGAACUGUCAAGUUUUGAAUUCAAGAUGUACAUGUCUGACUCCACACAGGAUGGUAACACACCUGAGGCUGCAUCAGCAGCAGCAGAGACUGAGUAUGAAAUACCAGAGCCGACAAUAUUUGAAAAUGCCUAUCAAGUGUCCAUUGAUUACGUGGAGAAACAUAAUAUUCUGCAGAUAUUUCAGGAGAUCACAGAAAAACUGGUGUACUCUAAGCCUGAUGACCCCUUGCAGUUCAUAUUGAUGGAGGUGCAGUCUAUGAUAGAUGCCAGACAGGCAGAAAUGGAGAGAAUAUCGGAGGAGAACAAAGAUGUGCAAGUGCUCUAAUUUCCUGAUGGAUGGCAGUGUAUUCCCAAAUGACUGUCUCUGUGGCUAUGAAGAGAACGCCAUAGAAACUUCAUCUAUCUAUAUUUAGCUAAAAGUCUGAUGAUUAGGUUGUGUGGUUCUCUGCAGCACAGCUUGGGCCCAAAAAGUCUGGGAAUAACAGAGGCAAGUAUUUGGCAUA